AUGACAGACCUACUACGGACUCCAUUGUUUCCUGUGGAGGGGCUCUCCAACGAGACUAUCAUCAAGCUCCCGCCACAGCCUAGCGCAGAGAGCGGUUCCGUCAAGCUGUACCUUAUCCAGGCAGAGGAAAACCUGUUUCUGGAGGGAUUCACAGAAGAGGAGACAAAAGGCAGACCUCCCACCAUUCUUCGUGGCUGUCUGUUUGUGCGAGUUCUCAGACCAGUCAAAAUAAAAUCCAUUUCCCUCAAACUAACCGGUACAUCCCGAACAGACUGGCCGGAAGGAAUUCCUCCCAAAAGAGUCGAGCACGUUGAACAAAACACUCUCAUACAGCACACGUGGCCUUUCUUCCACUAUGCAAACACCUACGAGGCCACAGAGACCAGCCGGAACAACGCAGACCUGUUUAUUCCAAAGAGCGACGUCGACUGCGAGCCAUCGAAUUUCAGUCUCGAUAACAGUCUAUCCCCCGUCACCAGCGCAAUAGACAUGCUCACAGACAUGAAGCCUGUGAAGUCGCCCUCGCCGCUCGCAAUGGUGCUCAAAGGGAAGCGACCAGGCUCGCCACGGCCCGGUUUAUUCGCUCAGCUGUCACAGCAGGACAUCGACCUGACUCCAACCAAGUCCAACGCUAGCGUCGACGACACGAAACUGUUUGUGCCGGGAGACUACAUCUACGCGUUUGAGCAUCCGAUCCCGGCGUCUGCGGCAGAAUCCAUCAACGUGACGUUUGGAUCGGUUUUCUACCAGCUUGAGGCGUUUCUGGAGCGCAGCGGCACGUUCAAGUCCAGUUUGUCGACGAAAAAAAUGGUCAAUAUAGUGCGAACUCCAUCCCAGGACUCUAUUGAGGAGAAUGAGCCGAUCGUGAUCAACAGGGAUUGGGAAGACCAGCUGAACUACGAGAUCGUUGUCUCGUCGAAACAGGUGCUGCUGAACUCGUAUCUGCCGAUUUCGUUUAAACUGAGUCCGCUGGACAAAAUCAAAAUUCACCGGAUCAAGGUUUAUUUCACAGAACACCUGGAGUACUACUGCAAGAACAAACGGGUGCACCGCACAGAGCCGCCUAAGAAAUUUUUGCUAUUGGAGCACAAGGCCAGCAAUGAGGAGGAUAAUUUGCUGUCACUGGGCGAAGACGAAAUAUCGGCUAGAGAGCUUGAGUUCCAUGUCUAUGUGCCGGAAAAACUCGGAGACAGAUACAAGCUGCACCCAGACACCUCGUUCGACGACAUCCAGUCCCACCACUGGAUCAAGAUCUGUAUUCGAAUCUCGAAAUCUGCUCCAACACCAGAGGACCCUAAGAAACGCAAGCAUUUCGAGCUUUCCAUCGACUCGCCCAUUCAUCUGCUGUCUCCGCUCUGUGCACAUGCGAACACCCUGCUACCAUCCUACUCUGAGCAAAUGGAGGGAAUUCCUCAGAGCAGAGACUCCAUCGAUAUGUUGCUGUCAUCCAGAGAACGCAUCAACACCGACUCCAACCUGUACAAGCCGGAUGGACGCACACCGUUUGUAUUGCAAUCACCACAAGCCAAGCCUUUUUCGCCAAUGAUGACACCCCAGUCCAGCUGUGCAGAUCUGCGCAACAACCUGUCGCUUCUGCAGUCCCCGCAGCUGCUCAAGAAUUCGAGUUUUGGCGCGAAUGGUCUGGAUCUGCAAGACCCGCCUCCAAAUUUCGAGGAAACGACCAAGGAUAUGCCUCCGUCGUACGACGAGGCGAUCAAGGAGAAACAGAGCGAGGAAGAGGAAGAAACACAAACAAUGCCGGACACUUCCUCGUCCAACCGUUCUUCGUACUACGUGGACGAGCGGAGAUCGAGGUUCGACAGGAUCAGAGACGACUCGGAUAUGGAGGGCAGCGAUCUGGGAGGAAACUUCAAAUUGAAGGUUGUUCCGAUCAGGUCUCGUUCGACCUCUCAGAACGGGGACGAUAUGAGAUCCAGAUCUCCUCCGUUGGUUUCUCAGUGCCGGUCAAAAUCCAGGCUCAUUAGCUCGUCUCUGAUUCCGGGCAAUUCUUUCAUCAACGUGUCGAAUGCUUCUCAUGGCAUGGACGACGCUCUUGCCCAAGCUUUUAACGACGAGGAGCAGACUUCAAGCCGGCCAAAUCCCGCUUCCCAACCAAGUCUGGCAAGCGUUCCGGAGUACCCCAUCUCGCCUAAGCGAGAGGAUAACCCCAGCCAAGAGACCAACGAAUCAAACUCAGAACCGCUCAUGAACUCUCCAGGACAUUUCUCUACAAGGUCGUCGCUAAACUCGUUGACAGGAUCUCUGGUCUCUGAGGACCCGGCAACCAGGAAACCGCUAUUGAGCCGCGAAUCAACAAAUAACUUGCUGGGAGAAAAUGCAAGCUCAAUUUUCAAGCUACCACCAGACAACGGCAGUUCUGUCGAUAUCACGGCGAUGCUGGGCUCGUCCCUGUCAAAUAAUAACGCCUACGAAACAGUCCCGGACGCAAGAUGGCAUCCUUUCAACAUGACAGAAGCCUCAGAGGGCUCUGCAGUGCCUAACCUUCCGCACAACAUUCGCAAUUCAAGAAGAGCAGGUCUCCAGAAUAAAUCCGUCGAAUGGAAAGCGCAGUAUGCUCAGGCGGGAGCUCAAGACUUUCAUGUUGACUACGGAAAUGUGGAAAGACAUCUGAGCUUUGGGGUGGAACCUGUCCUUUCGGUGCUGGCAGCAUCGAACGAGGAUGGAGCUACAGAUUCAAAGAUGUUGAGUUCGCAUACCGUGAGGAAAAACGAGGAAGUUGUUGAAGAUUAA